AUGGCCCCUGGACCAGCACCAGGGAGGAGGAUGCUGCCCCUUGUGUCCGCACUCGUGAUGCUUGGUUUGAUGGCCGGCGCCCACAGCGACAGCAAACCUGUCUUCAUUAAGGUCCCCGAGGACCAGACCGGGCUGUCGGGAGGGGUGGCCUCCUUCGUGUGCCAAGCCACAGGGGAGCCCAAGCCGCGUAUCACAUGGAUGAAGAAGGGGAAGAAAGUCAGCUCCCAGCGCUUCGAGGUCAUCGAGUUUGAUGACGGGGCAGGGUCUGUGCUGCGGAUCCAGCCACUACGGGUGCAGCGCGAUGAAGCCAUCUACGAGUGCACGGCCACCAACAGUCUGGGAGAGAUCAACACCAGUGCCAAGCUCUCGGUCCUGGAAGAGGACCAGCUGCCCGCCGGCUUCCCCUCCAUCGACAUGGGGCCCCAGCUGAAGGUGGUGGAGAAGGCGCGCACGGCCACCAUGCUGUGCGCGGCCGGCGGGAACCCAGACCCUGAGAUCUCCUGGUUCAAGGACUUCCUCCCCGUGGAUCCCACCACAAGCAACGGCCGCAUCAAGCAGCUGCGUUCAGGUGCCUUGCAGAUCGAGAGCAGCGAGGAGUCGGACCAAGGCAAGUACGAGUGUGUGGCGACCAACUCCGCAGGCACACGCUACUCGGCCCCCGCCAACCUGUAUGUGCGAGUGCGCCGCGUGGCUCCGCGUUUCUCCAUCCCUCCCACUAGCCAGGAGGUGAUGCCGGGCGGCAGCGUGAACCUGACGUGCGUGGCCGUGGGCGCCCCCAUGCCCUACGUGAAGUGGAUGAUGGGGGCCGAGGAGCUCACCAAGGAGGACGAGAUGCCCGUCGGCCGCAACGUGCUGGAGCUCAACAACGUGGUGCGUUCGGCCAACUACACCUGCGUGGCCAUCUCCUCACUGGGCAUGAUCGAGGCCAUGGCCCAGGUCAGCGUGAAAGCUUUGCCGAACCCUCCAAUUGACCUCGUGGUGACAGAGACGACGGCCACCAGCGUCACCCUCACCUGGGACUCCGGGAACGCGGAGCCCGUGUCCUACUACGGCAUCCAGUACCGGGCGUCGGGCGCGGAGGGGCCCUUCCAGGAGGUGGACGGCGUGGCCACCACCCGCUACAGCAUCGGCGGCCUCAGCCCCUUCUCGGAGUACGCCUUCCGCGUGCUGGCGGUGAACAGCAUCGGGCGCGGGCCCCCGAGCGAGGCGGUGCGGGCGCGGACGGGGGAGCAGGCGCCCUCCAGCCCGCCGCGCCGCGUGCAGGCGCGCAUGCUGAGCGCCAGCACCAUGCUGGUGCAGUGGGAGCCGCCCGAGGAGCCCAACGGCCUGGUGCGGGGCUACCGCGUCUACUACACCCCCGACGCCCGCCGCCCCCUGAGCGCCUGGCACAAGCACAACACGGACGAGGGCCUCCUCACCACCGUGGGCAGCCUGCUGCCCGGCAUCACCUACAGCCUGCGGGUGCUGGCCUUCACCGCGGUGGGCGACGGCCCCCCCAGCCCCACCAUCCAGGUCAAGACACAGCAAGGAGUGCCGGCCCAGCCCACGGACUUCCAGGCCGAGGUGGAGUCGGACACGAGGAUCCAGCUCUCGUGGCUGCUGCCCCCGCAGGAGCGGAUUGUCAAGUAUGAGCUGGUGUACUGGGCAGCAGAGGAGGAAGGCCAGCAGCAGAAGGUGACCUUCGAUCCUACCUCCUCCUACACCCUAGAGGACCUGAAGCCCGACACGCUGUACCACUUCCAGCUGGCCGCCCGCUCCGAGACGGGCUUGGGCGUCUUCACCCCCACCAUCGAGGCCCGCACGGCACAGUCCACCCCCUCCGCCCCUCCCCAGAAGGUGACCUGUGUGAGCACGGGCUCCACCACGGUCCGGGUAAGUUGGGUCCCGCCGCCGGCCGACAGCCGCAACGGCGUGAUCACCCAGUACUCGGUGGCCUACAAGGCGGUGGACGGCGAGGACCGCCGGCGGCAGGUGGUGAACGGCAUCAGCCGCGAGCACUCCAGCUGGGACCUGGUGGGCCUGGAGAAGUGGACGGAGUACCGGGUGUGGGUGCGGGCGCACACGGACGUGGGCCCCGGCCCCGAGAGCAGCCCGGUGCUGGUGCGCACCAACGAGGACGUGCCCAGCGGGCCGCCGCGGAAGGUGGAGGUGGAGCCGCUCAACUCCACCGCCGUGCACGUGUCCUGGAAGCUGCCCGUCCCCAGCAAGCAGCACGGCCAGAUCCGAGGCUACCAGGUCACCUACGUGCGGCUGGAGAACGGCGAGCCCCGCGGCCCACCCAUCAUCCAGGACGUCAUGCUGGCUGAGGCCCAGGAAACCACCAUCAGCGGCCUGACCCCGGAGACCACCUACUCCAUUACGGUCGCUGCCUACACCACCAAGGGAGAUGGUGCCCGAAGCAAGCCCAAAAUUGUCAUGACGACGGGGGCCGUCCCAGGCCGGCCCACCAUGAUGGUCAGCGCCACAGCCAUGAACACCGCCCUGCUCCAGUGGAACCCGCCCAAGGAGCUGCCCGGGGAGCUGCUGGGCUACCGGCUGCAGUACCACCGGGCCGACGAGACGAAGCCCAACACCUUAGACUUUGGCAAGGAGGACCAGCACUACACGGUCACCGGCCUGCACAAGGGGGCCACCUACGUCUUCCGCCUUGCCGCCAAGAACCGGGCCGGCCUGGGCGAGGAGUUCAAGAAGGAGAUCGUGACCCCCGAGGACGUGCCCAGCGGCUUCCCGCAAAACCUGCGCGUGACCGGGCUGACGGCCUCCACCACGGACCUGGCCUGGGACCCCCCGGUGCUGGCGGAGCAGAACGGGCGCAUCACCGGCUACACCGUGGUGUACCAUGACAUCAACAGCCAGCAGGAGCUGCAGAACGCCACCGCCGGCACGCGGCUCACGCUCUCGGGCCUCACGCCCGACACCACGUACGACAUCAAGGUCCGCGCGCACACCGGCAAAGGCGCCGGCCCGCUCAGCCCCAGCAUCCAGUCCCGGACCAUGCCCGCGGAGCAAGUGUUCGCCAAGAACUUCCGGGUGGCGGCCGCGAUGAAGACGUCCGUGCUGCUCAGCUGGGAGGUUCCCGACUCCUACAAGUCGGCCGUACCCUUCAAGAUCCUGUACAACGGGCAGAGCGUGGAGGUGGACGGACACUCGAUGCGGAAGCUGAUCGCACACCUGCAGCCGAACACGGAGUACUCGUUCGUGCUGAUGAACCGGGGCAGCAGCGCGGGGGGCCUGCAGCACCUCGUGUCCAUCCGCACGGCCCCCGACCUCCUGCCGCACAAGCCGGUGCCCGCCUCUGCCUACAUGGAGGACGGCCGCUUCACCCUCUCCAUGCCCCACGUGCAGGACCCCGCCCUCGUCAGGUGGUUCUACAUCGUGGUGGUGCCCAUUGACCGUGGUGUGGGCGGGAGCAUGCUGGCCCCGAGGUGGAACACGCCGGAGGAGCUGGAGCUGGACGAGCUCCUGGAGGCCAUCGAGCAGGGCGGCGGCGGCGGCGAGCGGCGGCGGCGGCGGCGGCGGCAGGCAGAGCGGCUGAAGCCUUACGUGGCCGCUCGGGUGGACGUGCUCCCCGAGACCUUCACCCUGGGGGACAAGAAGAGCUACCAGGGCUUCUACAACCCGCCCCUGUCCCCGGACCUCAGCUACCAGUGCUUUGUGCUCGCCUCCCUGAAGGAGCCCGUGGACCAGAAGCGCUACGCCGCCAGCCCCUACUCCGACGAGAUUGUGGUCCAGGUGGCGCCGGCCCAGCAGCAGGAGGAGCCCGAGAUGCUGUGGGUGACGGGCCCCGUCCUGGCGGUCAUCCUCAUCAUCCUCAUCGUCAUCGCCAUCCUCCUGUUCAAGAGGAAAAGGACCCACUCCCCAUCGUCCAAGGACGAGCAGUCGAUUGGGCUGAAGGACUCGUUGCUGGCCAACUCCUCCGACCCCGUGGAGAUGCGCAGGCUCAACUACCAGACCCCAGGUAUGCGCGACCACCCGCCCAUCCCCAUCACCGACCUCGCGGACAACAUCGAGCGCCUCAAGGCCAACGACGGCCUCAAGUUCUCCCAGGAGUAUGAGUCCAUUGACCCUGGACAGCAGUUCACCUGGGAGAACUCCAACCUGGAGGUAAACAAGCCCAAGAACCGCUACGCGAAUGUCAUCGCCUACGACCACUCCCGCGUCAUCCUGACCUCCAUCGACGGCGUCCCAGGCAGCGACUACAUCAACGCCAACUACAUCGACGGCUACCGCAAGCAGAACGCCUACAUCGCCACGCAGGGCCCCCUGCCCGAGACCAUGGGCGACUUCUGGCGGAUGGUGUGGGAGCAGCGCACGGCCACCGUGGUCAUGAUGACGCGGCUGGAGGAGAAGUCCCGGGUGAAGUGUGACCAGUACUGGCCGCUCCGCGGCACCGAGACCUACGGCCUCAUCCAGGUGACGCUGCUGGACACCGUGGAGCUGGCCACCUACACCGUGCGCACCUUCGCGCUCCACAAGAGCGGCUCCAGUGAGAAGCGGGAGCUGCGCCAGUUCCAGUUCAUGGCCUGGCCGGACCACGGCGUCCCCGAGUACCCCACCCCCAUCCUGGCCUUCCUGCGGCGCGUCAAGGCCUGCAACCCGCUGGACGCGGGGCCCAUGGUGGUGCACUGCAGCGCCGGGGUGGGCCGCACGGGCUGCUUCAUCGUGAUCGACGCCAUGCUGGAGCGCAUGAAGCACGAGAAGACGGUGGACAUCUACGGCCACGUGACCUGCAUGCGGUCCCAGCGCAACUACAUGGUGCAGACGGAGGACCAGUACGUGUUCAUCCACGAGGCGCUGCUGGAGGCCGCCACGUGCGGGCACACGGAGGUGCCGGCCCGCAGCCUCUACGCCCACAUCCAGAAGCUGGGCCAGGUGCCUCCCGGGGAGAGCGUGACCGCCAUGGAGCUCGAGUUCAAGCUGCUGGCCAGCUCCAAGGCCCACACGUCCCGCUUCAUCAGCGCCAACCUGCCCUGCAACAAGUUCAAGAACCGCCUGGUGAACAUCAUGCCCUACGAGCUGACCCGAGUGUGCCUGCAGCCCAUCCGGGGCGUGGAGGGCUCCGACUACAUCAACGCCAGCUUCCUGGACGGCUAUCGGCAGCAAAAGGCCUACAUAGCCACGCAGGGGCCUCUGGCAGAGAGCACCGAGGACUUCUGGCGCAUGCUGUGGGAGCACAACUCCACCAUCAUCGUCAUGCUGACCCGGCUCCGGGAGAUGGGCAGGGAGAAGUGCCACCAGUACUGGCCGGCAGAGCGCUCUGCUCGCUACCAGUACUUCGUCGUUGACCCGAUGGCCGAGUACAACAUGCCGCAGUACAUCCUGCGAGAGUUCAAGGUCACGGACGCCCGGGACGGGCAGUCGCGGACCAUCCGGCAGUUCCAGUUCACAGACUGGCCGGAGCAGGGCGUGCCCAAGACCGGGGAGGGCUUCAUCGACUUCAUCGGGCAGGUGCACAAGACCAAGGAGCAGUUCGGGCAGGACGGGCCCAUCACGGUGCACUGCAGUGCCGGCGUGGGCCGCACCGGGGUGUUCAUCACGCUGAGCAUCGUCCUGGAGCGCAUGCGCUACGAGGGCGUGGUGGACAUGUUCCAGACCGUGAAGACCCUGCGCACACAGCGCCCAGCCAUGGUGCAGACGGAGGACCAGUACCAGCUGUGCUACCGUGCAGCCUUGGAGUACCUCGGCAGCUUUGACCACUAUGCAACGUAA